AUGGAGAAGCCGACCACGACACACUGGGCAGCAAUCAAGCAGAUACUCAGGUAUAUUCAGGGAACACUGAACUAUGGUUGCUGCUAUGUGCGUGGUGGUGAAGGGAGACUGUUGGGCUAUAGUGACAGUGAUCAUGUUGGUGAUACUGGAGAUCGUAAGAGCACUUCUGGGAAUGUCUUUUUCCUCGGAGAGAACCCCACCUCUUGGACCUCCCAGAAGCAGAAGGUAGUGGCGAUCAGCUCUUGUGAGGCUGAAUAUGUGGAAGCUACGGCAGCAACCUGUCAGGGUCUCUGGUUGAACAGGCGGAUCAGUGAGAUGAGGGGCCAAGAGCCAACAAAGUUCAAACUCUUGAUCAACAAUAAGUCAGCAAUUGCUUUGGCAAAGAACCCAGUUCAUCAUGACCGCAACAAGCAUAUUGAUGUUAAAUACCACUUCAUCAGAGAAUGCAUUGAGGAAGGUCAAGUAGAAGUCGAUCAUGUUCGGACCAACUACCAGCUAGCAGAUGUACUGACAAAGGCUCUUGGACGCGUUCGUUUUGUGGAGAUGCGGCAGAAGCUUGGAGUCAGGGAGAUCGGUGACAAGGCCUGA